UCCGCCGUGUCCUUUAGCCGAUAGGAUGAUGAAAAUUUGUCGCGAACGGGUCCAAUUCGUAGUUGUUUUGAACUAGAGAUUUGCCCAUUGUCAUUCUGAUAACUUUCUUGCGGGGAAAAUUUACCCAGCGGGUCGAAUGAAAGAAAAUCUCAUCGUGCGCGUUUCGAUCGGGUGUUUUCGUCGAUGGAAUAGUGGUUUCGCUGACUUAUUGAAUGGUUCAGGCUAAGUUUGUGAUUUUCUGUUGAAUCGGAGGAAAAAGAGAUUUAUUAGUCACAGUUGAAUUAAAUAGUGCAAAAAGAAGCCUGUAGUGUGGUAGAAACUCGAAUUGCAGUCGAUCGUUUUCGUCUGUGAGUAAAUUAAAGCAUUGAAGUGGAUGCGAUACCGAUGGGGAAGAAAAUAACGCUAACAGCUGGUUUCUGAAUUGGCCAUUUUCUAGGUGCGUGUUUGUUGAAUGUGAAAUUUAGGCAAAAUAAAUAGAGUGUUUUGUGUAUUCUCCGGUUCGAUAUCUGCUGUAAAAUUCGACUUCCCUCACCGUUUACUGAAAAAGAGGGUUCGAUUCGGAUCAUGUGAGCAAAGCGGCUGAGUGUGGUCGGCGGUGUUAGUUGUGGGUGGAUAAUAGUGCUGAUGGAUGGUUUGAUAUUUUCAUCAACCCUAGUUUGACUAACCCAUCCGGAGGGCUGCAUGAUCUGGCAUACGGUGCUGCCGGAAGGUGUGCUGCCGACCGGGCUUUAAGAUCCUCCGGCAAAUGACGGUAUCGAGCAGCCUCGUAACGGUGAUGACUAAUGACGAUUCAUCGCAUACCAGCAGUGAAUGGCUAUAAGAAAAUAAAGGAUAGAAAGAAGAUAAAAAGUACUAGAGCCUUUUCACCAGCUAGUGUUUCGUGAAAAGCAAUAAGAAAUCGGAGAAACAGAGCAAAGCAUCGUCUAUAAUAACAGGAAAAACAUGUUGAUGAUCUGACUCCAUGCGAAAAAAAACUAUCCUUCCCGGUUGACACUUUCCAUCGCCUUCGGUGUGUCGCCACAACUACGGUUCAAAGAAAUGAACUCGAUCUCGGUAGAAAUUUGAUAAAUCGUAAAAGAAAAAUAAUACGAAGUGAUAAAGAAUAAAAAAAACAAUUGAGCACUAAGAACGAAUCCGAACUUGUAGUGCAAUAAAAAUAACUAGGAAAAACUGAACGAAGGACUCUUGCGAAGUGGGAAAAACAGAGGAGCAAAGUUUGCUUCAUUCUGGUUGACCCAAUCUCGAAACAGAGAGCAAUUUCCAACAAACAUACACACACACCCUAACAUUUACUCGCAAGGGAAUAUGAAAAUGCGUGCAAUAGUCUCUCUCCUCGUUCAAUGCGAAAAGGAAGAAAAUUUACAUAAAUAGUUUACGAUUCACGGCACAGUGAAUAGUUUAAGUGAUUUCGUGAAGCACCGUGCGAGAGAUUUUCCGGUUGGAGGAGGAAACGCGGAAAAAAGUUCUGAUUCAAUUUGGUCGGAAUUUAAAGUUAAUUGAGUGUUACACAGCCUAUCCCGGGUGCCAGUUCCGCUGGGCUGUAUGUGUGUAUGUGCAAACGUGUGGUGGUUUGAAAUGCUAUAAAUAUCCAUUGUAUGAAACGUGCGGGUGGGAUUUUGUGUCUCCCUCUAGUAUAGCCUAACCUCGGGUUUGGUCCUUCGCAGGAUCGUAGAGUGAAAGUCGUAGCAGAAAGCACAAAAAAGAGGAAAGUUUGCCCCUUUUGUGUCCAGCGACGUGAUAUGAAUUGCUUGUUCAACUUGUGCGCCAACCAGCAGCAGCACGAGCACCAACACCAACACCACCACCAGCGACUACGAAGCUUCUAGCAAUGGCCCAACAGCAGCGCAACAAGUCGAGCAUGGAUUACGUAAGCCUCAGUUGCUGUACGCUGGCCUUUGCCCUGUAUGUCAACACGCUCAGCGCUGGAUUCGUGUACGAUGACAGACGAGCAAUCCUGGGCAAUCCGGACGUCCUGAGCUCCGGCAGCUGGUACCAAAUGCUGCACAACGACUUCUGGGGCACACCGCUGACCGAUUCCGGCUCGCACGGUUCCUACCGGCCGCUGUGUGUGGCCAGCUUCAAAAUCAACUACCUGCUGGACGGCUUCAAACCACUCGGGUAUCAUCUGUUCAAUGUGCUGCUGCACUGCGUGGCCACGGUUCUGGUCGUUAAGCUGGCCCGGCACAUACUACCGUCGCGGUACGGUGCGGCCGUCGCCGGGUUGCUAUUCGCGGCGCAUCCAAUCCACACGGAAGCCGUGGCCGGAGUGGUCGGACGGGCGGAUCUGACUGCCUGUGUGUUCUACCUGCUUGCGCUGCUCGCCUACAUCCGGCACAUCCACUGGCGUCAGUGUACCGACUUACGUCACUGGCUGGCGCUCGGGCUCACAAUACUACUGGCAGUCGCCGCUGUCCUAUGCAAAGAAACUGCUGUGACAGCUUUAGUGGUUUGUGCAAUUUAUGAUAUCAUAAAAGGAUACGCUGGUUCCAGAGAUAAGCACCGUUUCCGGAGUGUAGGGAUUCUGGCUGUCGCCUUGGGCACUAUGCUGCACAUUCGACUCUCGUUACCUCGACCAGCGGGCCUGUUCUCUACGGCGGAUAACCCAACGGCCAAAAUCGGAUCCAUUUGGACUCGAUUUCUAACAUUCUCGUACCUGCCGGUGUUCAACUUUCGUAUGCUAGUGUACCCGGAUGUGCUGAGCUUCGACUGGGGUAUGGAUGCCAUACCCCGGAUAAACAGUUUAUUCGAAGGGAAAUCUAUACUUUCGCUACUGUUCUAUGGACUACUGACGAAGGCGGUGUGGAUAAACGGUCGAACUUUGAUGAGUCACAGUUUGCCCAGUGUAAAUAGUAGCUUCAAUAGGAAACUAGCUAGUAAACUUGCGAUGGCCCGGGCUGGUCAGGAUAGGAAUGUGGAAGAUUCCUGCAGUUACUGCAAGCAUGAAUUCAGCCCUCAUCACUCGAACCAGUGCCGGGUCUUGCACAACAACAACAAUAUGUCUUCGAUUGCUUGCGGGUGUCUCUAUCCGUCCUGUAAAUAUUUGUCACUUUCGUCACCUAGUUACUUCCACCGGAUGGAUGACCCUAGUAAGAUUGCUGUUGCAGUAGCUUCAGGAUGCGGCAAUGGCUACUGGCAGAAGCACCAGUACUGGCAACGAGAUAAACCAGUGGCCAACGGUUUUAGCAGUGAUCAUUUACCGUUCAGUAUAACGAUGGACACUGCCUCGAGGACGGCGUCAUCGUCGUCUUCAUCUUCGUCGUCGUCGUCGUCAUCAUCGUCCUCAUCCUCAUCCUCAUCCGCAUCCUCGUCCGCUUCAUCCGUGUCUUCGCUAUCCAGCGUCGACCUAUCGACCAAGUCCAACGCCUCAGCCGCUAUCCUCAUCUCAAUCUCCUUACUGAUCUUUCCUUUUCUACCGGCGACCAACCUUCUCUUCUACGUCGGCUUUGUAGUGGCCGAACGUAUUCUCUACCUCCCCAGUGUUGGAUAUUGCCUGCUGAUCGGUUUGGGUGUGAGCAAACUAAUCGAUGGAACCACGGGUUCCGUACGUUUCCGUGGCAGUAGCCCCCGAUCUAGUGGUUUCCGAGUGAAAAGUGGUAGCAAAGGUUCCAAUAGUGAUGGUGAUAGAUAUAAGUACCGUGCCAACGGUCACGCCGCCAGUGCAGGUCAUAGUGCGAAACAUCACAAAAAUCAUUCCACGACGGUUGGAUGUAUUGGCGCAGCAGCAGCCAUUGCAGUUCCAAGGAAAAGUGCCAACAGUGGUAGUGGUCAUAGUGGGGGUCAGAGUAGAAAAUUCGGUAGCAGCGGAGGCUGUAGUGGUAGUGAUCGAUACCACCAGCGUAAACGACAAAUCAUUUUAUUGUGCUUCGGCGUGAUGUUGACCGUGUACAGUGGGAAAACCUUGCUGCGCAAUCUGGACUGGGCCGACGAGGAAAGUCUGUUCCGGAGUGCGAUUGGCGUCAAUCCACCGAAAGCACUUGGAAACCUAGGAAGUGUCCUUAGCGCGCAAGGUCGCCAUCAAGAAGCCAAGGAGGCCUUGAAGGCAGCCCUCAGUUACCGCCCUAACAUGGCGGAUGUACAUUACAAUCUAGGAAUUUUACUACAAAACCAACAAGACUACGCAGAAGCUGUAGAAAGCUUCCGAAAAGCGAUCCAGUUUCGACCAUCGCUUGCACUGGCCUAUCUGAACCUGGGCACCUCACUGAUAGCGCUCGGACGCUGCCAGGAAGCUGCCAGUGUGCUACGCGAGGGCUCCAAACUGGACGGUGCCGGGCUACGCGAUCGGGCAGCCCACGACAACGCCCGGAUCAGUGCGAUGCUGCAGUUGGGGAAUCUGUACGCGGACCAGGGCAAGCUGCAACGAGCGCUGGCCGUGUACCGGGAGGCGUUGCACGUGCUGCCCGAUCGGUAUCCACCGCAGGGUAUCUAUCAUCGGCUAGGUGAAGUUUUUGCUCGGCUCAACCAGUGGUCCGAAGCGGAACGGUUUCAGCGGGCGGCCCUGGAAGCCCAACCGGAUCACGUAGCGGCGCACCUGUCGUACGGCUCGAUGCUGGCAAGGAAUAGCAGCCGAACAUCGGAGGCGGAGCAGUGGUUUAAACGUGCCCUUCGACUGGCGCCAACCGAUGCUAGUGUUUAUCACCACUACGCCGACUUCCUGACAUCGGUUCGUCGCACGGCCGAAGCCUGCCAGCAUCGCGUUAAAGCAGCCGAACUAACCCCUGAUGAUUAUGCGCUGGUAACAGCAGCCGCAUCGGCCCUGCGUUUGCUGGACCGAAAAACCGAAGCGGAACGAUGGUAUCGGCAGGCCGUAAAUCUCCGACCGGAAGAGGCACGUGCUCACACAAAUCUCGGAGCUAUUCUGCAUCUGCUGGGGCGGCCUCACGAAGCGGCACGCAGCUAUCAGGAAGCACUGAGGCUGCAGCCCAACGACCUAACGACGCUGACUAACCUGGCCAAGCUGGGGAUAGCGGAAAUUUCCUGAGGAACGGUUUCGUCGUCGGCCCCACAUUCACGGUCGGUUGCUUCCGGUGGUGACGAUGAUCUGAGCUAGCUUCACUAAAAUUAGGCCUAGAGAAAGUCGGUUACGGUCGUAUGAUAUAAUAGCUUCCGACAGGAUUUGUUGAGAUUUGCAGGGAUUGAUACAUUUUUUUGUUUUUUACAUUGUUUCGAACAAUAUACGAGGUGGAGUAGUAUGAAACAAUUAAAAAUUGGAUUAUACAUAAAUAAAGAUAUUUAACGUUUAUUAAACAAGAGAGAUGAUUGAACCAAAAAAAACAAUCAUGGGUAGUACAAGAAGGAUUUGUAUCAAGAGAAAGAAUGUCGUUAAUUACCCUGGAGGGACUAAUCAAUCACAGACUUAUAAAGGAAAUCAACAAACGGUGACAAAUUAGCUAGCCUAAGCAACUGUACCAUAUAGUAAUAAAUACAGAGAGUAUUAUAAUAACAAUGGAUAGGACAAAUAAAAGAACACGGAUGGCUUCUGCGGGAGUCAUCUUGUUAAGUUUUGGUUGAUGUACAGAGAAAAUUAUUAAACCAGAUUAGUUAAGAUGACCAAAGAUGACUUAAGAUGUUUGCGAAAGGUCAGCACCUACUGUAAAUAGGCAAGAAACGCUAGACAAAUACCAUUAAAGUUAAUACAAGUGUAGGUGUUCCCCAAUAGUGGCAACCAAUAUAACAACAAGCUGUGUGGGUGGAAUUUUACAUCAAGCUGAAACAGUUAGUUUACGUUGUCGCUCCAAUAAUGAUGAUGGCGCUGAUUACGCUGAAAGUAAUUGUCAGAUAGGGAAAAAUAAAUCGAAUAUUGUUUUGAAUUACUUCGUUUAUGGUACAGUGGAACAGUGCAAGUUAUGAAAGCCAGAAUGAAUGAAACUACCGUAAACAAUGAAAUGCAUCUGAAAUUAAUGCAUACAGUUUAUUGCCGGAAUUGAAACCCACAUAUGCUAGGAACAAAAAAUCACUUCUGUAUAGAGCCAAACAACAUCCAGUGGCAAAAUUGUGUAUAUUGAAAAACAAAACAAAAAAAAACAGAUCACAACUCAUAACGCUAUACAAUUUCUGAAUAAAAAACAGUUUGUUAAAAAAUCUA